AAACCGGAGCGGCUGGUGCAUAGACCCAACAUGAAUAUUGUUUUGCGAGUGAUAUUCAAUUCGGUCUUAACUGCGUUGAUGCAAUGAAAUCCUGAUUUUUCCAAUAUUGUGGUAAUCUGUUAGAGUUAUGGAAGCAGGAGCAGUAGAUCUCAUGUUGUCUCCCAAACAACGAGAACAGUUGGUCAAGUUUCGUGAAAAGGUGUCAGAUGUUCUUCAGCCGUACCACAAUGAUUAUUGGCUUCUCAGAUUCCUUAAAGCCAGAAAUUUCAACCUGAAGAAAUCAGAGAGCAUGUUUAGAAAGAAUGUUUUAUGGAGAGAGGAGAAUAAGAUCAGUCAACUAUAUUCUGAAUACAAAGAACCAGAGGUUUUACAAAAAUAUAAACCUGGGGGCAAACUGGGAAAUGCUAAAGAUGGACGUCCAGUUUUUCUUGAUCCCAUAGGAAAUGUUGACUUCAAAGGCUUACUGCACUCUGUCACAGUUUCUGAUGCUACAAAGUUUUACAUCAAAACCCUUGAGUCAUUACAGAGAGACGUCAUCUCACAAACAGAAAAGCUGAAGAGACAAAUAGUUGGCGUCUACUACAUAGUAGACAUGGAGAACCUUGGACAUCAUCAUCUAUGGAAGCCGGGUGUACAAUUCACUACAAGUGUGAUCCAGCAAUGUGAACAGCAAUAUCCAGAGCUGCUUCAUAAAGUGAUUGUAGUGAGAGCCCCUAGGAUGUUUCCUCUGGCCUACUCUAUCGUUAAACCAUUCCUCAAUGAACAGACAAGGAAAAAGGUUGUGGUCUUCAAAGAUGAUUUUGAGAGUGAGUUGCUGAGUGUCAUAGAUGCUGACCUCCUACCCAAGUACUGGGGUGGAAACCUCGUGGAGGAUGGAGAUCCGAUGUGUCCACGAACGGUAAGUUUGGCUGGCAAGGUCCCCAAAGAAUGGUACAUGACAGGUCGUGACCUCUCCGUUGAUAGCUCCCAGAUGACCACAACGGAGAUCGCCAGAGGAGGGACGUUACAACUCACCUACAAGACAUCACAGUGCAAUAGUGUUCUCAGGUAUGAGUUUCGGACGCAAGAGCACGACAUAGGGUUUGGAGUGAAGAGACUACAUGACGAUGGAAGUAAGACACCCGUAGUUAAGACAGAACGUCACAGCUGCCAUCUAGUGCCGGAGAUCGGAGAGCUUAUACUAGAAGACCCAGGCACAUAUAUUGUGAAGUUUGACAACAGUUUCAGCUGGAGUCGGAGCAAGAAACUCUCAUACUGGAUUGAGCUCUUGGAGCCUGACCUAGAAGAGAAUGACAGCAAAGAUGAGGACAACCAAGGCGACGAGGAGGAGGAGGAGGACGAUGAUUUUGUGCAAGCAACUGAAGGUUGAAAAGGUUGAACAUUUCCAGAGGGUCGUAGUAUGAGGUAGUCAAAGCUUGAGUAACGUCUUUUGAACUACUGGAAUAUUUCCCCAGCCUCCUAUGUAAUCUGAUGGAGAUUUCUACAUGCAAUAUUUGAAAGAUCCAGCCGGGGUAAUUUUGGAGCGCUUUGAGCGCCUUGCAGGGUGGAUAACGUGCGCUAUAUAAAUAUCCAAUAUUAUUAUUAUUAUUAUUAUCAUGAUUAUAGAAACUGAAUUGGAUUUUAAUGUGUUUAGGAUCAUAAUCAUGAAACAAUCAGAGAGAAAAGAAAUUAAUGUGCUGACUGUGAUUGUAUACAUGACAUCCUUGUCAAAGGUUGCCAUGGUAUCUUAGUGAUAUGACGUGCCAGUGUGUGCUGUA